UCACAUUGUGCUAACACCACUGGCGCAUUAUAAUAGAAUUCCUCGAGUGAUGCACAGGCUUUGGUUAUGGGUUGUCCAUGUCAUAGAGCGCUGAAAGUCAUGUAACGAGUUCUCGUGUAGGAUUUACUGAUAGUAUGUUUCUUUCAGUAACGGGCGAACAGGACACGUACUCAUUUAAAUUCUAGAAUAAGAAAAAAAUUGAAUCACCGAUACCCAUUAUUGAAGGCAGCAGGCGCACUCUUUCACUUUCCUCAAGAUCAAUGACGCUUGCGGGGCCACGCACGCUUGCACCAUACAAGUCACUCCCGUAAUGCGACCGGCCAUAUCUCUGUCCCCCUCACGCCAUCGCCGUGUAAGACGCCAACUACCGCACUCCGUCUUUCCCAGUGGGCUUGUUGCCUCAUCGCCUUUGCCUACAGGGGGCAAAAAAAAAAAAAAAUAUAGCCCAGCCUCGACGAGGCAGGGGCAAGUGCUCCAAAAGGGGGGCAUUAGAAGGAAGCAUAGCUUAAGAUAAAAAACUGAAAAGCGAGAAAACAAGAAAAAAGAGACGAUCCGCAUUCUUCCUGCAGAAAAUAACGUUAAGCGCGUUCUCAACCGGAUCUGUGUUUCUACGUGCGUGCACCAAGGUACGAGCGAUGGUGAGCCUGCAGGUGUCGCCUUUUUUUGCAUUCUCUCCCUCACUGACUCAGUAUCCUUUCCCCAUCGCUUUCACACUUAUCGUGACGCGUAUAUAAGGGAGUCGGAGGCGAGACAACUUCAGCAGUCCUUGGUUAGCCAACGGUACCACUGCCACAACCAUGUUCCGUGUUUGCGUCAUCCUUGCCCUGGCCUCCAGCGCACUUGCUGGAUUCCUUCACGGUAGUGGCUACAGCCUCGGCAGUGGUGUCGGCCUCGGCAGUGGUGUUGCCCUUGGCAGUGGUGUUGGCCUCGGCAGUGGUGUUGGUCUCACUAGCUAUGGUCUUAGUCACGGAAUUGGCUACUCCGGCCUCACCGGCUUCGGUGUCGGCCACGGCCUUGCCUACGGACCAGCCGCCAGCUACGCCGUAGCUGCUCCAGCUGUUUCUCGCACCGUCUCCACUUACCAUGCUGCUCCAGCUGUGACCGCUGUUCACGCUGCUCCAGCGGUCGCUACCUACGCCGCUGCCCCAGUCGCCACCGUCGCUGCAGCUCCAGCUGUGUCCCGCGUCACCACCUAUCAGUCCGCUCCAGUUGUGGCCGCUGCCCCAGCAGUUUCUACCACUUACCACGCUGCUCCAGCGGUCGCUACCUACGCCGCUGCUCCAGCCGUGUCCCGCGUCACCACCUACCAGUCUGCUCCAGCUGUCUCCCGUGUGACCUACCAGGCCGCCCCAGCUGUGACUAAGGUUUACCAGAGCGCCCCAGUCGUCGCUGCUGCCCCAGCUGUCUCCCGCGUCACCACCUACCAGUCUGCUCCAGCUGUCACCACCUACCAGUCUGCCCCAGCUGUCGCUACCUACGCUGCUCCAGCUGUCUCCCGCGUGACCUACCAGGCUGCCCCAGCUGUAACUAAGGUUUACCAGAGCGCCCCAGUCGUGGCUGCUGCCCCAGCUGUCGCUACCUACGCUGCCCCAGCUGUCUCCCGCGUGACCUACCAGGCCGCCCCAGCUGUGACUAAGGUUUACCAGAGUGCCCCAGUCGUCGCUGCUGCCCCAGCUGUGUCCCACGUCACCACCUACCAGUCUGCUCCAGCUGUCACCACCUACCAGUCUGCGCCAGCUGUCGCUACCUACGCUGCUCCAGCUGUCUCCCGCGUGACCUACCAGGCUGCCCCAGCUGUGACUAAGGUUUACCAGAGCGCCCCAGUCGUCGCUGCUGCCCCAGCCGUGUCCCACGUCACCUACCAGUCUGCCCCAGCUGUCACUAAGGUCUUCCAGUCGGCCCCAGCUGUUGCCACCGUCGCUGCCGCUCCAGCUGUGUCCCACGUGACCACCUACCAGUCUGCCCCAGCUGUGGCCACAGUCGCUCACGCUGCCCCAGUAGCCACCUACGCCGCUGCCCCUGUCGCCAGCUACGCCGCUGCCCCAGCUGUCGCUACCGUUCACGCCGCCCCCGCUGUUGCCACCACCACCGUCCACCACGCCCCAGCUGUGGCCACUGUCUCCCAUGCUGCCCCAGCCUUCGCUGCCUACCAGGCGGCCCCAGUCUACGGCUACGGUGUUGGAAGCCUCGGCUAUGGCGCUGGCCACUACGGCCUCGGCCACGGCUUCGGUGUCUACGGCCUGAACUACGGCUACGGCCUUGGCACUCCCUUCGACUACAACACCCUCCUCCGCAGGAAGAAGUAAAUCAUUCUGUGAAUCAGAAGACAUGGUACGCUGAAGAGGAAAAAGAAAGUUUAUUGAGCUUAAGCUCAGUUGUCCAUAUUGUUAAAUACUGUUGCAAAAUAAAUGUUUCCUGUUGUACAAAAAA